AUGAAAGGCCUCAGCCGCCUUGAUGUCUUCCCGAAGUUUGACGAGCGUUUCUUGCGGGAUGCCCGGCAGCGUACGGCGCUUGGUGGUGUUCUCUCCAUGGCGUCCAUUUUCAUAAUCACUUUUCUCGUCGUGGGUGAGGUGCGUUACUUCUUUUCCUCCGUGGAACAACAUGAGAUGUACGUCGAUCCGCAUAUCGGCGGUAUCAUGCACAUGAAAGUAAACAUUACGUUCCCACGGGUGCCAUGUGAUCUCAUGACGGCGGACGCCAUUGACGCCUUUGGUGAGCACGUUGAAAAUGUUCUGACAGACACUGCCAGGGUUCGUGUGAAUCCCGAUACAUUGGUUCCACUCGGUGAGGCACGACCACUCAUGGAUAUGAAGAAGCAACCAGCUGAUGGGAACGGAGCUGAGCAUGGAAAGUGCCCGAGUUGCUACGGUGCCGAGAGUAAUCCAGGGGACUGUUGUCACACUUGUGAUGAUGUGCGGCGCGCAUUUGCGGAGCGCCAGUGGGAGUUCCACGAAGACGAUGCCAGUAUUGUGCAGUGCGUGCAUGAGCGGCUUAAGAUGGCGGCGGCAAGUGCGUCCACAGAGGGGUGUAACUUGCACGCCUCCUUUAGUGUUCCGCGAGUGACGGGAAACAUUCAUUUCAUACCGGGUCGUAUGUUUAAUUUCUUUGGUCAACACCUGCAUAGUUUUAAAGGGGAGACUAUACAGAAGUUGAAUCUUAGUCAUAUCGUGCAUUCCCUGGAGUUUGGUGAGCGGUUUCCAGGACAAAGUAAUCCUAUGGACGGGAUGGCAAAUGUGCGUGGCGCUACGGAUCCAUCCGAGCCUCUAAUUGGCCGGUUCUCGUAUUUCGUGAAGGUGGUGCCCACAGUUUACCGUAUUGAGUCAUUAGUUGGAGGCGGCCGCGUGGUAGAAUCUAACCAAUACUCUGUGACGCAUCACUUCACCCCAAGUUGGGAGACUCCAAAGGGAGGAGAGAACAACAAUGCCAAACAUGAUCCAUCUGUGGUACCAGGAGUGUUCAUAUCAUACGAUCUCUCUCCCAUUCGCGUCUCAGUCAAGCGUACACACCCAUAUCCAUCCAUUGUGCAUCUGGUGUUGCAACUGUGCGCCGUAGGCGGCGGUGUUUACACGGUAACUGGCCUUAUUGAUUCCCUCUUCUUCCACAGCAUCAGGCGGAUGCAGAUAAAGAUGAAUAGAGGGAAGCAGUUUUGA